AUGGCAUCUCUUUUCACCGUCCCAAUCACAUCAACCGGGGGUUCGAUCAUCUGCACGAACCCUAGCGCAGCGGAAGAGCACAAGAACAUCUACGUGCUUACAUUUACAUCGCCGAAAGACAACCGGCUGACCCCUGUCUUUAUCGACGCGUUACUACUGGCACUGGAUAUUAUCGAGUAUCGCUACCCCAAAGGUGUUGUUGUCACUACAAGUGGUAUCGCCAAGUUCUACAGUAAUGGACUCGAUCUCGAACUCGCUGGAAGUACCGAAGGCUUCCUCGAAAACUGGCUCUGGAAACUCUUCCGACGGUUUUUGACGUACGUAUCAUCCAGUAUCGAGAACCAAUACCCCAUGCCAACAGUAUGCCUUUUGAAUGGGCACGCUUUUGCAGGAGGCUUUAUGCUAGCCAUGUACCACGACUACCGAAUCAUGAACCCGGACCGUGGCUUCGUAUGUGUCAACGAGCUGGAGUUUGGAGUCCCGCUUCAAACGCCAAUGAUGGCCAUCUUCCGUGAGAAGUUGACCCCAAUCACUUUCCGGAACGUUGUUUUGGAGGCCCAUCGCUUUGGUGGACGCAAUGCCCUCCAGGCUGGAAUUGUCGAUGCCGUGGGCGGGAUCGAGGAGACUCUUGCUCUGAUCCAAGAACGUAAGCUUCAGACCAAGGCCGCGACAGGGAUCUAUGGGACCAUGAAGGAAGAGAUGUAUGCUCGGACUUUGAAUGGAUUAGACGAUCACUCUGGCAAUUUGAAGUGGCGCGAAAAUGUUGAAGACAAGAACGAGUCUAUAUCUAAGAAAGGCUUGGAAGGCGUCAAGGCAUUCGAGGGGGGAAAGGCGAAGCUCUAA